CACACAGUUCUUUGUGUGUGUGUGUGUGUGCAGAGGGACGAUGGUUCAGAAGUACCAGUCUCCAGUCAGAGUCUAUAAGUACCCGUUCGAGAUGGUGAUGGCGGCGUAUGAGAGGCGGUUCCCCACCUGUCCCAUGAUCCCUGUGUUCCUCGGCAGCGAGGUGCUGAGUGACGUCACCAGUGACGACGGGGCGACCCGUGUCGUAGAGCGGAGCUGCCAACUCAGCGUGGACGCACCCCGACUCCUCAAGAAGGUCAGGGGUCAUCUCUCAUACAGAAAGACAGACAGACCACACAAAAACGCACUCACAAUGUCAGACACAUUACUAUUUAUUUGUAUUGGGAUUAAGUUCUUCAAUGGUUCUAACAAUGUGUGGCCUUGGGGAGAAAUAAUACUGAGGGAUUGGAACUGUGUGUGUGUGUGUGUGUGUGUGUGUGUGUGUGUGUGUGUGUGGGAGAUGGCGGGGGUGGACUACGCCCACUUCCUCCAGAAGAACACUCUGAGUUGGAGAGACAGAACUCUAGUCAUCCAGGCUCACAACCAAACCUACAACAACAGACUCAUCGUCACGGAAACAUGUCGUUACAGUGUCCACCCAGAGAAUGAGUCCUGGACGUGUUUUGAGCAGUCUGCCUCUCUAGACAUCAAGUCUUUCUUUGGCUUCGAGACAACAGUCGAGAAGGUAGCCAUGAAACAAUACACCGCUAACAUCCAGACGGGUAAGGAGGUAAUAGAGUUCUACCUGAAAGAGCUGAUGUCAGAGGGCGUGACCUCUAUCCCUCGCUGGACGACCUCUAACCCCCAACCUUUAACCUCAACUACCCCGGCCCCGCCCUGCUCCCUCCACCUGGGUUCCACUGGCCAAUCAGAACUCUCGGGUUUCCGAGAAAACUGCAUCAGAGACACAGGGACACCUGAGGGUGAUAAGUUGGAAGCAGAGUACUUAGAGUGUUACCUGGGUGAUCUGACUCCUAUACAGGAGAGCUGUCUCAUCCAGCUACGUAGCUGGCUACAGGACACACACAACGGCAAGAUCCCUAAAGACGAGCACAUCCUUCGUUUCCUGCGAGCGAGGGACUUCCACCUGGAGAGAGCCAGAGAGAUGCUGGGUCAGUCUCUCAGCUGGAGGAAACAACACCGGGUGGACUACAUCCUGCAGUGGUGGUCGCCCCCUAGUGUCCUGGAGGAGUAUUACGCUGGCUGUUGGCAUUAUCAGGACAGAGAGGGACGACCGCUAUACAUACUGAGGCUGGGACACUUGGACACUAAAGGAUUGCUCAAAGCACUGGGGGAAGAGGCUCUGCUUAGACAUGUUCUGUGGAUCAACGAAGAAGGCCAGAAGAGGUGUGAGGAGAACACCAAGAAAUUCACACGACCAAUCACCUCGUGGACGUGCCUGGUGGACCUGGAGGGGUUGAACAUGCGUCACCUGUGGCGUCCAGGAGUCAAGGCUCUGCUGAGGAUCAUAGAGGUGGUGGAGGCCAACUACCCAGAGACCCUGGGAAGGCUUCUCAUCGUCCGAGCUCCCCGCGUCUUCCCUGUCCUCUGGACACUGGUGAGUCCGUUCAUCCAUGACAACACUCGUCAGAAGUUCCUGGUCUAUGGCGGUAGUCGUGACUACCAGGGGGCGGGGCCCGGCGGCCUGCUGGAUUACAUCGACAACGAAGUCAUACCGGACUUCCUGGGAGGAGCCUGUCUGUGCCAGGGGUCUGAGGGUGGCACGGUGCCUAAGUCUCUGUAUCAGAGCCAGCAGCAGCAGGAGAGUCCAGACAACAGACUACUGACAGAUCCUAUUUACCAGUCAGCACACUGCUUCACUGGGGCGCCACACGAGAUCAUGAUAGAGAUCUUGGAGGGAUCGUCAGUGAUCACCUGGGACUUUGAUGUUCUGAAAGAGGAUCUGAUCUUUAAUAUCUACCACUCCAAACGCACCCCAGACCAGCCAUCCCAGCCCCCCUCUGAACACACCCCAGCCCCCCAGACCAGACCUGACCAGCCCCCCUCUGAACACACCCCAGCCCAGCCCUCCAGCCCAGCCCUCCAGACCGGCUCAGUCCACAACGCCCAGCUGCUGGAGAGUAGCUGGGUGCUGGGGGUGGACUACAGUUCGGUGGAGUCACCUCUCAGCUGUAGGGAGGGAGACAGUAUACAGGGCUCCCACGUCACCCGGUGGCCAGGUGUGUACAUCCUGCAGUGGAGGGUUGGUGUGAAUGGAGGUGGUGGGCGCGGCGCCCCCUGUGUCUCGGGGUUGUCAUUACAUCAGGGGGGAGAUGUAAUGACAACAGGUGUACAGGUCUCUACACACUGGGCCACUGUCAUGUUCUACACAGAGGUAGUGGCCGCCCAAGAUUUCAGAGGCUCCAUGACCAGUCUAGAGUCGUGUCACAGCGGAUUCUCCCAGCUGAGCGGCGUCACAACCUCCUCUGACCAAUCACAGAGCAGCUCCCUCAUCUCCAGAUAAACACACGGACGUCUAGAUAAUCUCUCUUUCGCUCACACUUUACUACACAAAAGGGCUCCAUCAAAAUGUAUGCAAGAACAACGGUCACUUUAUCAAGUCCAGCUGUUGUGAGUGGUUGGAUGAAAGCUCAGUGGGCAGAGGUUAAAGUGACAAGUCAGUGGGCGGAGUUUACAGGCGAGAGUCCAAUAUAAAAG